CGUACCUCCGUGUUCAUACUUGUUAUCGUUCACCGGAAUAAUUCGUUUGAGUGCUCAAACAAUUGUUCGUAGUCAUCUUAUCCUGGGAAACGAUCGUUGCAACACUUCUAGCAUCCAGGGAGGCAAAGAAUACGUUUUUAUGACAUCGGAUGCUAUUGAUCAUCAAAGACAAUGGAGUCGAACACAGAAGCUAGCAGCACAUUCAUUAGCCUCAGAAAGGCUGGAAGCGUAUCGGAUAUGUGAUGACAAGGUUCAUAAUGCCCUUGGUGAAGCCAGAAAGGAAGUCUUCGGCUUGACCCUAAAAAUAAUAAUGCUUCUUGAAUGAAAAUGUGGAUUUUCUGUGUUAAGCUGCACAGUUUUGGUUGUAGACUUUGGUGCUUGAAAGUGCAACAGGGAAGGGAGAAGGACAUUUUCAGCAACUUUGGUGAGAGGCUCGAUAAAAUAGGGAUAAUUGUGUCACUGAUUAGUUAUUAAUAUAUAGCCGAUAGACUUUUUAGGCCAUCUUUUUCUGUAAAAAAAUCUCUAUUCGUAGAGGUCUGUGAUAUUAUAUUAGACCAUAGUAAUGUGAAGAUAAGCAAAUACACUUUACUUCUCUUUAAUUCUUCCUCCCCUGAGCUUAUUUUUAAAACAAAAUAAUGACUUAAGGAGUUAAGGGAAA